AUGAAGCUCAUGUCGAGGCUCUUUGGCAGCAUCGCCUUGUCGGCCUGUCUGGCUACUGCACAAUACACCGUCGAUCAAACUGUUCUCAUUCUCGCUCGUUCGACCACAGAAGCAUCCUCGGCAUAUUCUGGACUUGCUGGCUAUGGCAUUCCUUACCAGAUUGUGGUCGUGCCCCAGAGCGGCAUCAACAUCCCGACCUUGAACUCAUCCGCCACACAUGGAUUGUACAGCGGUCUUAUCAUCCUCAGUGAGGUUUCCUACAGUUAUUCGGCCACGAACUGGUCAAGUGCCAUCAGCCCUGCCCAGUACAACCAACUCUAUGCCUAUCAGACCGCCUUUGGUGUGCGUAUGGUAAAGUUGGACUGCUACCCUAGUCCUCAGUAUGGCGCUACUACAGCCAUUGCAGGUGCAGGAUGCUGCGGAACUGCUGUCGAGCAGCUAGUCAGCAUAUCGAACUCGACCGGCUUCCCCACUGCUAACUUGGUCAACGGAGCUGGCAUGACCACUCAGAGCUUAUACCACUAUCCAGCGACUAUCACUGAUUCCACAACGACAUGGGAGAUUGCUCAAUUCGCGCCAGACUCGGCCGGUACUUACCUUGGUACAACGACCGCGGGCGUCAUCAACAACUUCGGGGGCCGAGAACAGAUGGUGUUCUUCACCAGCUGGGCGACUGAUUGGGCGGCAACUUCGAACUUUCUCCAGCAUGCAUAUAUUCACUGGAUGACCAGGGGCUUCUUUGUUGGAUCGAGGAAGCUCUACUUCAAUACUCAAAUCGACGACGUCCAUCUGUCGACCGCGACGUAUAACCCAGGAAACUACACUUUCCGCCUCGGUGGAAACGAUCUAGCCAUCCACGUCACAUGGAUGAAGAGCAUCAACUCAAGACUUCCUGCAGGGUCCAGCUACAAGAUCGAGCUCGGUCACAAUGGCGCCGGUGACAUCGAAAACGCGACCAACAUCGAAUACAACGCUGCCACGGAUGUCUGCAACCCUGUUGACUCGGUCUAUCCUGAUGAUCAACCUGACACAGGGUUAGAGUUCCAGAAGCCACUGGGAACAGGCCAGACCUUCUGGCCCAGCACGCCUACUAACUACACCUGGAGCCUUACCUGCGCCAAGGUUGACCAGCUUCUAACCUGGCUCAACAACCCAACCAACAGAGAUGCUUUCAGCCACAUCUCCCAUACCUUCACCCAUCUGAAUCUCGACAACUCCACCUAUAGUGAUUCCUACAAAGAGAUCCAAUUUAACCAGGCCUGGCUAAAGCAAGUUGGCAUCACAGCCGGAUCGUUUUCCGCCAAGGGCCUGAUUCCACCGGCCAUUACCGGCAUGCACAACGGUGAUGCCAUUCGUGCUUUCAUCGAUCUGGGAAUCUCCAAUGUCGUUGGCGAUAACAGCCGUUCGGCGCUGCUGAACACGCAAAACCCAUUCUGGCCACUUACUUCCACGGUCGCUGCCAACGGAUAUGCCGGUCUUAAUAUCGUGCCUCGCUGGCCGACAGCCAUCUUUUACAACUGCGAUAACCCGACCUGCGACUUGCUAGAAUGGAUCGACACUUCCGGUGGUGCUGGCACCUUCACCGACCUCCUCACCCACGAGAGAUCAGUCUCCUCUCGCUACCUCCUCGCCCUGCGCCAAGACCCCUUCAUGUUCCACCAAGCCAACCUCCGCGCUUCCGAUCGUCCCGCCACAACUAUCGGCACACAAUCCGUGAACUCACUCCUCCAGAUGUGGGUCGAGACCGUAACACAGGAAAUGACCCGCUUGACCAAAUGGCCUCUGGUAACGAAGAAGCAUGACGAUAUCGCCGCCCUCUUCAUACAACGCCAGGUUCGCGAUAGCUGCUCGCCGAUGCUGACGUAUCAGUACGGUAGCAAUGGGACGAAGAUCAUUGGUGCUACUGUCAGUGCGACGGGCAAUUCGUGUUCGGCACCGAUUGGUAUUACACUACCGGGUUCUGGUUCGGCGACAGGGACCGUAACGAAGGACCAGCUCGGCUCGGAGCCGUUGAUCUUUUGGGCGACUUUGAGCGGAAGCCCGGUGACUGUCACUCUUGCUACACCCAUGUCUGUACUCUGA